GUCAGUUGGGGUAAGUGCAGAUUUGGGGUAAGUGCGAAUCCAGAUAUUACGGAGUAUAUAUUAAGUUUAUGAAAGACUGUCAAUAAUGAAAUUGUUGUACAACGUCCAUGUAAUAUAUGUACAUAAUUGGUCACACUGUAUUAUAUUUCGUUAUCGUGUUAUCAAUCUUUACUUUCAGAAUAUAAAUUUCACUUGUAUUUUUCAAAGAAGACGUUCGUUUGCCAUUUUUUUUUAAGGCAGUUUUUUUAAAAAUUUGCUGUCUUAAACUAAGGGUAAAAUGGUUAGAUCUUACGUUAGAAAAACCAAAAAGGGUGAUGCAUAUACCAAAGAACAACUGUUACAAGCUACAAAUGCAAUCACAAGCAAACAAAUGACCGUCAGCUUUGCUGCCAGAUUAUACCGGAUACCAAGAACGACGCUUUACGAUCAUAUAAAUAAACGACGUGGAAUGAAGUCUACAACUAAAGGUAGAAAUACUGCCUUAUCACCUGCUGUUGAAAAAAGUUUGGCUCAAUCAUUAACCAUUAUGGAAAAGUAUGGCCAUGGAUUAAGUCGAACCGAAGUUUUGACAUUAGUUGGUAAUUAUGUCAAUGAUAAUAACUUAGUUACUCCAUUUAAAGGUGGAUAUCCAGGUCAUGAUUGGUGGAUAGGGUAUUCUUCUCGACACAAAUUAUCAUUAAAAAAACCCCAAGUUGUAGAAAAUGCUCGAAAAAAAGCUUGUGAUCCAUUCAUAAUUUACAAUUAUUUUGAUUUGUUAUGGGAAACAAUGACUGAUCUUGGUAUAGUGAAUAGACCAGAUCGAAUCUGGAAUCUUGAUGAGACAUCGUUUUGUUUAGACCCAUCUAAAACCAAAACAGUGGGACCGAUUGGUCAACCUAGUACCCGAACAACACAUGGCUCUGGGCGUGACAAUACAUCUGUUUUAAUGGCUUGUAGCGCAGAUGGUAAAAAAGGGCCCCCUUUGAUAAUAUUUAAAGGCAAAAAUAUUUGGGACAGGUGGAUUACACAACAGUCUGAAUUCCCAGACACUACAUAUGCUGCCACGUCCAAUGGGUGGAUGGAACGAGAGGUAUUUGUAAAUUAUUUUGAAAAAAGCUUUUUAAAGACAACUAAUCCAUCGCCUGCUAACCCUAUUCUACUCAUAUAUGACGGACACUCAUCUCAUGUAGAUUUAAAAUUAGUUGAAAUUGCUAGAAACAACAAUGUUACAAUUAUAUUGUUGCCACCACAUUCAAGUCACUUGUUACAACCAAUGGACUUAUCAGUUUUUAAAUCAAUUAAAACAGUAUGGGAUCAACGAUUAUGUUCAUGGAACCGAAGUCAUCAAGGUCAAAAGCUUCCCAAACAAGAUCUCUCGAGAAUUAUAUGCAGUAUUUGGGCACAAUUAGACACAAAAAUAAUAGAAAAUGGGUUUAGAAAAGCAGGGAUUUAUCCCUUUAACCGAAAUGCAGUUGAUAAAUCUAAAUUUGACCCUAUAAGUCUAAGUAGGUGGGAAGUUAGUAACACCCAAGAAAAUAACCAAACUACUGAUGAUCAAACUUCAACAACCGAAAUGUAUAAUGACUUAGUUAUCUAUAAUGAAGCUUCAACAUCAACAUGUAUUGCCAGCAAUAACAAUUUCAACUCAAAUCAAGCUUCAACGUCAACUGAAAAAAAUGCAGAAACAGAAAUAUUAAAUAAUAGUAAAUCGUUUGAGGAGCUAUUAUUGAUUUCUAUGAAGCAAGUUGCCGUAGAGAAAACUACCAGAAAGCAGGUAACUAGCGGAGCUACAGUUAUUACUUCUGAAGAAGUUAUAAAUAUUUUAAAAGCAAAAGAACAAGAAAAGGGCAAACCAAAAAACAACAAGAAAAAAAAACAGUCUGAAGAAGUUGUCAAUGAAGAAGUUGUAAAUGAAGAAGAGAUUCAAGACGUUAUAGAUAUAAAUUUGAAUCAACCUAAUGAAAACUUAAAUAUAAGUUUUGUCAGUGGAGUGUCUGAAAUCAGUGAUUUAUUAAAUGAAUUGGAAAGAGAAGAAGAGGAUUUAGCAGAAGAAGGAUAUAUGUUUCGCACAAAAAAUUGUGUUGAUGAUUGGGUUUUAAUUAAAUAUAAGCUUGAAGGAAAAUCUGCAAAAUCAUUACAUUAUGUAGGUAUUAUAAAAGAAGUCUUUGAUGGUAAGCAUAAAAUAAAAUUUGUCAAACUGAAGUCUGAGAAUAUACAUUCUACUACUUUUGUAUAUCCUAUUGCCGAUGAUAUAGAUGAAGUUUCAGAAUCUGAUAUUAUAUGUAGUCUACCAAAACCAACAAUUGGAAGAAGGGGUCAACUCGUUUUUGGAAUCACUUUCAGUCAAUAUAAUCUGAAAAAGUAACUUAAAGACUGAUUAAAUUUUGAAUAAUUACUUACUUAAUCGUUAUGUUUUAAAGUUAUGUUGUUAAUAUUAAGUUAAUUAGUGUUAAGUAACUAAGUCUGAAAAAUUAAGUUGGUGGUUACCUAUAAUUAUUAUUUAUGUAUGUAAGUAUCUUGAAAAAGUAACUCAAAGUCUGAUUACAAAAGGUUUUAUAUUUUAUUCUAUAAAUACUUGUUUUUAUUAAGUACUACUUGUUUAACUGUUAUGUUGAUAAAUAUUAAGUUUUUUUAUAAUCUAACUAUAACUUUGUUGAUUGGUUAUUUAAAUAAAAAGGAAAGAGUUUUAUAUUGUUGUAUUGCUUAUUUACUUAUACAAAUCAAGUUUAAUGUUAGUAUUUAAAUAAAUUCCAUAUAACUUGAAAGUGUUUGUAUGUAAUUAAUGAUAGUCUAAUUAAUACACAAAUUUAAAAAGAUCUUUAAUGUUCUGUCAUUUUUUUACCGUUCAGAAUUUUUUCACUCUGAAAACACUGAACUGUAGGUGAUUGUAUGUAAUUGUAUGCACUUCCCCUAUGAUACAAUUAAAGCAUUUUUACUAUUUUUCAGACACCGAAAACGCACUUACCCCACUGCUUGGGGUAAGUGCGACACUUCAAAAUUUU